AUGCAAGAUCGCGACGAGAAUGCCCAUCACAAGUCGCGCAUUAUCUCCGUCGUUGCUGCCACCGGUAUAGCCCUCGCUUGUGGAACAAAUUACGCAUAUUCAGCAUGGGCUCCCCAAUACGCCGAGCGCAUGAAACUAUCCGCUACUCAAAGCAACCUCAUCGGUAGCGCUGGAAACAUUGGCAUGUACGCUUCGGGUGUACCCUUUGGUGUCUUGAUCGACACAAAAGGUCCUAGGUGGGCCAUUCUCAUCGGUGCUUUCUCCUUGGCCUGUGGCUAUUUCCCCCUAUACUCGGCCUACCAGAAAGGUGCUGGAUCCAUGAGCUUCCUAGCUCUCUGUUUCUUUGGCUUCCUGACUGGUAUGGGAAGUUGUUGUGCCUUUGCUGGUUCCAUCAAGGUUUCGGCAACAAAUUGGCCCCAUCACAGGGGAACUGCCACCGCAUUCCCCCUGAGUGGCUUCGGACUGAGCGCAUUCGUCUUUACGCUUAUCGGGAGUUUCGCCUUUCCCAAUGACACUGGGGACUAUUUGCUGAUGCUGGCCAUCGGUACCUUUGUCAUGGUCUUCGUCGGAAGCUUCUUCAUGAGAUUGAUGCCUCCAUCUUCUCCAUACCAAGCUGUUCCCACUGAAGAUGAGACUAGACCUCCGCGUAUCAGAAAGAACUCGCACGACCUCCAAUCAGCACGCCACAGUAGAGACGGAAGCAGAUCGAGUCUCUCUGGUGAGCCCAGCACUCAAAAUGCCCCAUCAGAUGAGACUUCACCUCUUGUCUCCCGCGAUGGAGAACCCUCCGUGGAUGAGUCCCAGAUAUCCCAGACCCAAGGCUCACACAAGAAAGACAUUACAGGCUGGGCGCUCGCAAAGAGUCCCUCGUUUUGGAAUCUUUUCAUUCUGCUUGGCUUGCUAUGUGGAGUUGGUCUAAUGACUAUCAACAAUAUUGGAAACAACGCCAAAACACUUUGGCAUCAUUACGAUGAGAACGCGAGUCACGACUUCAUCCAAUCCCGUCAACUGAUGCAUGUAGGCAUCCUUUCGAUUGGUUCCUUCAUUGGCAGGCUGUCUUCUGGCAUUGGCUCAGAUUUUGUGGUCAAGCGCCUGCACUCGUCUCGUUACUGGUCACUUGUCGCCUCGUCAUUGAUUUUCACCAUUGCCCAAGUCUUUGGACUUACGAUCGAAAACCCCACUCAUCUCUACCUACUAUCGAGCGUCACCGGGCUUGGAUACGGCGCACUGUUUGGAGUGUACCCUGCUCUUGUCGCAGACGCCUUUGGCGCCGCAGGACUCGGUAUUAAUUGGGGUGCUAUGACGAUGUCGCCAGUCAUUUCAGGCAAUAUCUUCAACAUAGCGUAUGGUGCCAUUUUGGACAGGCAUUCUGGUUCGGCGGAUGGACACCAUCGUAUCUGCAACGAUGGAAAGUCAUGCUACUCGCAGGCUUAUGUCAUCACGCUUGUUGCAAGUUUCAUGGGCAUCGCGUGGAGUCUGUGGUGUGUACGAUGCGAUACACAAGAGAAGAAGGCACAAAGGAAGCUCUACGAGGAUCACUCGCCCUAG